GUUUAUCAAGAGUGAGAGAGCUUAAAAGUGAUGGGGAGAAAAAGCAAGAGAGAGAAACUGCGUGUGUGUGAAGGAGGAAGAUGCUGUUGCCAGGGAACAGCAGUGAAGUAGAAACGUCCAUCUUUACCAGCUCGCAGGAGGAUAGAAACAUGUACUGAACGUGAGGAGAAGGAAAACAGCUGAUCCGGACUCCCAGCAGCCCUGGGAGAAUCCAAGAGAAGGAGGAUACGACUUCUCUCUCAGCCUCCAUUAAAGGCAUCAGUGAACAGCAAGAAACGUCCUGCAGCCCAGAUCCUGAGCACGAGUGUCCCACAUGCAGAUGUAAACAAUGAUGACCCUCAUUCGGCUCAGGCAGAUUUAAGGAGGAGGAAGGAAAUAAAGAGGAGAUUCUAAAAGCAGAUCAGCCGCUCCUAACUGCAAAGAGGAAGUUAUCCUUAUCACAGUAUUGAGCUGAAGCCCGUCCUCCUUUGCAGAGGAUGGGUACAGCAGAAGCCACUCUACGCAUGGACAGCAUGGAGGUCAAGGACGAGUGGCAGGAUGAAGACUUCCCCAGGCCUCUACCAGAGGAUGGAGAUGGCCUCACUGACAACAGAACCAAUCAUCCCACCACUCUAAAUGUGGGCGAGACCAUGGCUCAGCGUAAGCGCCGCACGCUGGUCGCCCCCGACAUGAACCUGUCCCUGGAUCAGAGCGAGGGCUCCGUGCUCUCUGAUGAGUUUCUGGAAACACCCGACGACCUGGACAUCAACGUAGACGACAUGGAGACUCCUGAUGAGACGGACUCGCUCGAGUUCAUCAACAACGGCAACGAGCUGGAGUGGGAAGAUGACACUCCUGUGGCCACUGCAAAGCGUCUUCCAGGGGAAAGUGACGAGGAGAGAGACUCAUCUGGCCGUCUGUGGCGAACAGUGAUCAUCGGUGAUCAGGAGCAGCGGAUUGACAUGCAGGUCAUCAGACCGUACCUGAGGGUGGUCACACAUGGAGGAUAUUAUGGAGAGGGUCUGAAUGCCAUCAUCGUGUUUGCAGCCUGCAACCUUCCUGACAGCGGCUGUGAGGACUACACGUACAUCAUGGAGAAUCUCUUCCUGUACGUCGUGAGCAGCCUGGAGCUGCUGGUGGCAGAAGAUUACAUGAUAAUUUACCUGAACGGAGCCACUCCUCGCAGGAAGAUGCCCGGCAUCAGCUGGCUGAAGAGAUGCUACCAGAUGAUUGAUAGGAAACUGAGAAAGAAUCUGAAAUGUCUCAUCAUCGCUCACCCAACGUGGUUCAUCCGGACCGUCCUGGCCAUCUCCAGACCUUUCAUCAGCGUGAAGUUCAUGGAUAAAAUCCGUUAUGUUCACACCCUGGAGGAGCUCAGUCAGAUCAUCCCCAUGGAGCACGUGCAGAUCCCUGAGUGUGUGCUGCAGUAUGAUAAUGAGAAGUUACGAUCACAAAGUGAAAGACUUGAGCAAGAGCAGCAGCCGACAAAACCAACACUAGCUAAAGAAAGGCCAAAGUCAAUGAUAGCCGAGGUUGGCCGUGACAUCUGACAUUAAGAGCUUUAAAAGGAAGAACCAAUGGGGGACAUUCACUCAAAAAAUGGGAGCACGCCCAUACCAACGUUUUUAAAUCUCCUGACUGGAUUCAUUAGAUACAAGACAAUCAUUUCUCAAACUAUUAUUUUCCAUGACAUGCUUGCUUCUAACUAAAAACAAAUUUACUCCAAAGCAUAACAAGCUAAAUCAAAAAAGGCAUCUGCUCCCUGCAUGUCAAGUGGAGCUUAAUUCAAAGCAUGAAUUCAACUUUAUAAAUGAAAAAUGAAAAACUCGUAUCUUCCGACAAGGCAUGAAAUAUAGUUUUUAACUCUGUAAAUACUUGUAUAUAUAUUUUUGAGAAAGGUGCUUGCACAGAUGUGCACACAUGUUUUGUUUAUUGAUAUGAGUGGAAUGGGUAUUGUUUGGUUCAAUGGCCGUUAACUGGAAAAUAAUGUGCAAUGCAAUUGUUCUUCUCAGACCUCCAGUACUCUAGAUGUUACUGAUGCAAACAUGUGUUACAGUCUUCACCUUUCCCAGAGUUUGAUAUGCAGGUGGCAUGCUUGUUUAUUUCCUUCUGUCUCAUUUGUUUCUGUCAGUUUUAAAGUCACUCGCCAUUAUGUUUCAAAGAUACUUUUACCAAAUGGAAAAUAUACAUAGUUACAGAUAAAAAACGAUAUAUUUAAAAGAGAGAUAGUUUCAUUAAAAAAGUGUUAUUUAUGAAAAUGUGCCAUUUACUGUUUGUAAAAAAAUAAAUGAAUGAACUAAAAAAA